CUCCCCUUCAGCAGUGGCGGUAAGCGCGAGGACAGGGAGCGCAUCUGAGUCAGACGCUGCGUCUCCCGUGGUUUGAGCAGACGAACGCUGUUGUGUCUCGCUGCCACGGAGUUGUGUGCGGUGCGUGCCUGACGGUGCCGGUGGUAUGAGGUGAGAUGGCGCCCGAAGUGUGGACGCUCCUGCUCGCGCUCCUGCUCCCGGCCCUUGGCCACGCGCAGAGCGGAGGAGGAGAAACUGAUGGAGAUCCAGAUGCAGAGCCUGAUGUGCCUGAUAAGCCUGAUGUGCCUUGCUUUUCUGAGAUCAGCCUCAAAGUCAACUAUUUAACCUGUUCUUUACCUGACGACCCUAUUGGCACCCAAAUUAGUCUUCGCUCAGAGGAAGGAAAUCCUAUGUGUUGGAAUUCAACUUUGAAUGGAUCUUAUUUUACUGCAGUCAUUGAUAACAUAUUGGCUAAACAUAUACUCACCAUUCAAGGCAAAGAGAGGAUUGAUAUAAAUAUGAUUGAUAUAGUCAAGCUUCCACCACCACAGAAUAUAACAGCCACAUAUUUGAAAAACUCAGGAGAUGUAAAAAUAAGUUGUAAUGGAUACAGGCAUGACUUUGUGAAACACUUCAAUUUUCUAGUGCAAAUCUGGAAUGCAACAAGUCGUAAGAACUAUACGUACUCAUAUGAGGAUUUCAUCAUUGAACGUGAACAGCUUGGAGAUGUGAAGACUGGCUCACAGUUUUCGGUGAGAGCAUUGGUCAAACCGGGCGGGAACUAUUUCAGUGGACCCUGGUCAGAUUGGAGCCAUACGGAAAACUUCACAGUGGACAGAGCUUUCAUAGUGGCUCUUCUAGUUGAUGGAAAAGAUGGUGCCCUAUUGUACUCCAUUAUCUUUUCCACCAUUGCCAUACUGCUGCUUGGCAUCUGCCUGAUCACCCGGUUCCGGAGGAAAGAACUUAAAGCCUACAUCUUGCCAAAUGUGCCACAUCCCAAGACGACCCUCGUCCAUAUGCAGAAAUUUAACAAGGGCCUGCUUCUGAAUUUCAACCCGGAGAUCUUCAGCGACCUUCACAUCAACCAGCUGGACGAGGCAGGGGAGGACAAACCGCUCGCCGAGUCCACUGACGGACGAGGAGCUGACAACCAGAGCCGCUGCCCAAGUCAACUCAGCCAGGUCCUCCUCUGGCAGGUUCCGCCGGGCGACGGCAGCUCCGACGGGUCACAGUGCACACUGCGGGGCGAGGACGGGCCACUGGAGGACCGGCGAGACUGGGCGGACGUGUCCAGCGCGGGGCUGAGGUUUCUGGGGGAGGCGGCCCCCACAGUGGACUCUGGACACAGCUCUGGAGACCCCUCCUUGACGAGCACCUGUGUACCGCAGCGAGAAUGUAAGGACGAGGCCUACGUCACAAUGUCUUGCCUCUUCAAGACACAGUAGGUUUGGAGAGAAGUCAAAUGAAAGGAAUAGGAAGUUGUACAGCCUACUGGUUUUCCUUAUGACCAUGCGGCAGCCUGCCAGCAACCAGUUCAGCUGAUCAGUCUAACAAAUGGCUGAUCGGUUGCCUCAGGUUUGAUCCUGUUCAGGUGAACAUAAAAAAACUAUGGUCACACAGACUCUGGUUCAACAUGGCCGACCUGUAGCUGCUUAUUUUUCUUCCAUGCAAGGGAAUGAUCAACUGCUGCUUGUUAAGGUUUUAUAGUUCAUGCAAACAGUCCAUGAACCUCUGCGAAUUGCACCAGGUGUUACCACAACCACUACCGGACAUUUCCAAUAGGAACCGACACUGUACCUGCUCCAGAGAGGAGAGAUGGAUUUCACUGAAGCGUUAAUUAACUCUCGCACAACACUGCUUAUUAGCGGCCAUCUAAAACUGAAACAAGUUCUAAAACUGUCACCAGACAUGCUGUCACUAGCAUGCUUAUUUCUCGAGUCAUAUCAGCAACAUGAUUGGGAUAGUUGCCUUGUGGGAUCCAACACAAAUUCCACUUUAUCUGCUCAGGCUUUUUUUUUUUAAUGCUCUAAACUUUUUUGUAAAGAGCGUCUGAAUGUAGCACAGGUAUGUGUUCAGCUAAUUGUACUGACCUUGGUCCUGCAAAUGAAGUGGCUUGCUUGUACUUGUGCUCUACAUACUAUUUACACACAAUUUGCACUUACAGUUACUUCCAUAUUCUCAAAAUCAUUGUCAUAUAUUACAAUGUUUUGUUGUAGACACCUUAUUGUUUUUGUUUAUGGUAUGGUUUUAAAGGUUAAAUGUAGUAUUUUAUUGUCAUAUACAUACAUGCUUCAAGAGGUUGAACGGUAAUGUUUGAGGACAGAGUAACCAUUGUCCAUUCCAAUGUUCCUUUGCAUGCAGUACAUACUUGUCUGUUUCACCACAUGUAACUGCACUAGUUCAACAAAGAAUCAAGAUGAACAGCAUGCAAAGCAACACUUUUUUUUAACAGCAAUUGCACAAUUAAGGCACGCCAAGAAGCAUUUUUAUGUUUAACAAAUAAACUACUUCUUGGCCCUUUAA